GGAGGAGCAGUCCGUCGGUGGAUGUGACACGCUUACAAAUACAUAGAAAACAUCAUGAUCCGGCUCCAGCAGCGCGUUUAGUCCGUUAGGAACCACCGGACGUCGGAGCUUCUUUGUUUGGUCCUAUUUCCCUCCUUCUCCGUGUCCUCGGAUCCAGCAGCACCAUGGUGGAGCAGUCGGACCGAGCCCCGCUGCUGGACUGGGAGGAGAUCCCACCGCCGGACCCGAACCAGGCGAGCCAGCCGCCGCCUCAGGAGGAGGACGCAGCGGCGGAGAAAAGUUCGCAGCCGGCCGGGAGGCGCACACCGACCGGCGCUGCGGCCGGAACCACCGGGUGGAGCAGCACCACCACCAACACCACCGACACCAUCAUCACCUGCAGCCCCACACGGAGCCUCACAACCGUCGUUGCCAGCGGGGACGCGGGGAGCCCGAGGCGGCCGAGGACGGAGCUCUCCUGCUGGGAUCGCCCGGAGCCUCUCGGCACGGAUCGGAGCGUUCCCUUCCCCGGCCUGUCAGUGCGGGACCAGUGGGAGGAGAAGGACCAGAUCGUGGCCGUGUUUGUUGUUACCUUUGAUACGAGAUCAGGGAACAUGGUGGAGUGGUGUCUGCCUCAUGACAUCAACCUGGACGGAGUGGAGUUCAAGUCGAUGGCCAGCGGCUCCCAUCGAAUCACCAACGACUUCAUAUAUUUCCGUAAGGGCUGUUACUUCGGGCUGGCCUGUUUCGCUAACAUGCCCGUGGAGAGUGAACUGGAGCGAGGAGCGAGGAUGAAGUCCGUGGGAAUCCUGUCUCCUUCCUACACUCUGCUUUACCGCUACAUGCACUUCCUAGAAAACCAAGUCAGACACCAGCUGCAGUGUCCAGGCCAGUAUUCUCCACUAGAGGCCUUCUACGAGGAUAAGAAGGCUGUCCUCCCCCCGUCAGGAAACGGUUUGGUCAACGCCUGUCCCACCUGGAGCGUCACCACCAUCAACCGCUGCAUGCACCCAGAAAUGAAGAUCACCCACCCGGCUGGCUGUAUGUCUCAGUUCAUCCAGUUUUUCGGGGAGCAGAUAAUGGUUUUGUGGAAGUUUGCUUUACUUCGGAAGCGUGUCCUCAUCUUCUCUCCUCCGCCUGUAGGUGUGGUCUGCUAUAGGGUGUAUUGCUGCUGCUGCCUGGCCAACGUUUCUUUACCUGGAAUCGGAGUUUCUGUGCCUGAAUUGCGGCCUUUCUUCUACAUCAACAUAGCCGACAUCACCGCCCUGGAAACAGAGAUGUCCUACGUGGCCUGCACCACAGAGAAGAUUUUUGAGGAGAAGAAGGAACUGUACGACGUCUACAUCGAUAACCAGAACGUGAAAACUCACAGAAGCCAUUUGCAGCCGCUGCUCAGACUGAAUGCAGCAGAUAAGGAGAAGUACAGGAAGCUGAGCGAACAGAGGCAGCUGUUGCUGUAUUCUCAGGAGGUGGAUGAAGACUGCACAUCAAACGAAGAGGAUCUUUUCAUUCUGUUCUUCAUGGAGCUGAAUAACCGCAUCUUCCAGACGCUGUCGGAGGUGGCAGGCAGCACCGAUCCUACCCUCACCGCUGAGCAUGUGAGGGCGAUGGGGCUGGACCCCCACGCUGAUCGCUCCUUCCUGGUCGACCUGCUGGAGGUGUACGGCAUCGACGUAACACUGGUCAUAGACAACCUCUGCUGCCCCUGAACCUUCUUUUUGACCCUGAUAAACUUGGAUACUACUGGACUAUAUGUGCCUACGAGGCCUCUAUACACACACACACACACACACACACACACACACACACACACACACACACACACACACACACACACACACACACACACACACACUGAAGACACUGCCUCCACUGGAACUUCCUUGUUCCUGCUGUUCCCUCCUGGGUGUCUGUUUCCUGUCUGUGUGUCUCAUCUGACCAGCAGAGACUGUUUUUUUCUACCCACGGUGGUGAUAAGGACACCUAAACGUGGAGUUCUGGUUCACGGUGGCUGAUAGAUGCCUACCUGGAGGACAGCUGCAGAUCUUACAGCCGUUCUCAUCUCAUGUCACUCACUCGGUACUGUUUGUGUCAGAAAUACGGAUCUCUUCUGUGUAUUUGACUUGAUUCUGGCUUAAACAGCCAAAACUGAAGCACUGGAUGGAAAUGUUAAAUAUCUUGUUGGACUCUAAUCCUGACCAGAGGACCACUGAUUGUUCUGUUCCAGUUCAGACGUCACUCUCACCGUCCUGCAGCUUUACAUCCACUUCCCGCUCGUCUCAAGGACAGAUUUAUAUUUGGGAAUGCUUUGAAUUCCUUCUCUGGAAAACCAAACUCUUGCUGUCGUUCCGUACUUGGAUGUCUUUUCUCGUUCUGGUAAAAAUGAAAGCUUUUUCACCACUUUAUUUGCCUUUUAAAAGGAAGCAAUAGGAGUCUGUGUGUUCAAAGUGUCGCCCUUUUUUACGUAAACUCACCCUCACAGCCUCUUCUAGUUUUUGCUAUUUCUUCAUGACUGAAACUGAACGGUUAGACUGAAAGUGAAGUAUUUUGGGUGCUAUCGUCUUUAUAGCGGGGAGGGUUGAUUAAUAUGAGGCUGAAUAAGAGGGAAAAACCUGCUAUAAAUGUUCACCUUAAUGCACCUUGGACACAGAGAGGAUCUGAUCGUGUUGCUACGUGUGAUCAGUGCUCUCUGGAACUGUUUUUGUUGUUGUGUUUUGUCGUUUGUUGUGAAUCGGUGGAGGGUUUUUAACGAAUGUGAUUCUGGAGUACUGUGUUUUCAUGAAUGCUGCACCGUGUCCACCACUGGACGGCUUCCUGACGCACACAGUCACGCUUAACGUAACGUUUCCUGUGCUGUGUGUAGGAUUUGUAGGCUACGGAAGCCCGUUCCUGCCGCAAAAGUCUCAUGUUGUCUCAUAAUCAUGAGAUAGAAAGUCAUAAUUAUGAGAUGGUAAGUCAAAGUUUUGACUUUCAUCCCAUAAUUAUUACUUUUUAUCUCAUAAAAAUGAUUUUCUAUCACAUAGAAAGUCAUAUUUAUGAGAUAUAUACUCAGGUGACUUUCUGUGAGAUAGGAAGUCAGAAUUAUGAGAUACGAAAUCAUAAUUUUGACUUGCUAGCUCAUAAUUUUGAUUUUCUAUCUCAUAAUUAUGACUUUCUGUGAGAUAAAAAAAAUCAUAAUUAUGAGAUACAAACUCAUAAUUAUGGAUUUCUAUCUCAUAAUUAUUACUUUCUAGCUCAUAAUUUUGACCUUAUGUCUCGUAAUUCUGACUUUCUAUCUCAAUUAGGACUUUGUAAUUCAUAAUUUUGACUUUAUAGCUCGUAAUUUGACUUUGUAUGAGAUAUAAAGUCAUUUAUGAGAUAGAAACUCAUAAUUAUUACUUUACAUCUGAUAAUUAUGAGUUUAUAUCUCAUAAUUUUGACUUUAUAGGUUAUAAUUAUGACUUUCUGUGAGAUAGAAAAUCAUAUUUAUGAGAUACAAACUCAGAAUUUGGACUGACUGUCAUCUGAUAAUUAUGAUAUGAAAAGUCAUAAUUAUGAGAUAGCAUACGACUUUUUUUUCCCCAAGUGGCAGAAAUGGUCUUCCCUAAUAGUCUGAGCCAGCAAAUAGCUGAAUAUUAGAGUUUUUCAUUCGCUGUAGAGCAUCAGAUAACACCAGUCUGUUGUGAUCCCGCUGAGUGAAGAGCCCUCGAUGGAGCCGUUUCUAGUUUUACUUGUUGAUCAGCUUAAAAGAGAUGCUUUCCGCCGGAGACAAAGAUCUCUUUGUGUGUGUUUUCUGUUGAUAUCCCAACGAGAGCCGAGCAGAAGCUUCAACUCCUCCUCUGUGGGCAGAUUCUCAGAAAGGACGGCGUCUGUUCCAGCUGAGGGUUUCUCUCGGUCCUUUCAUCGCCGUCCCAUUGAGCCAAUCCAGCUUUAGAGAUGGGCCAACUGUGUCUUUUGAAUCCUGCUGGCAGGCGGCUCUUAGCUCGUCCAUCACGUUGCCAAUCACAGCGAUAAUUUGUUCCAUGUUGGAACACAUGAGGCGAAUGUUUGCCUCGUAUUAAUGUGAGGUCGUGGUUCUCAACCUUCUCGUGCCCCGAUGCAAGCUAAAACACCAAGUAUUUUUUAAACCAUAUCUUUUUAAGUCGACUGUUUUUCAUUCUCAAAUUAAAAAAAUAAAAAAAAGAAUCUAGUAGGGGCUCAUCCCCAGGUGAAGAACUGCUGAUUUAAAGUGAUUUUCCAGCAUGAACUGUUUCUUGCUGGGUUGGUUAGAAAUAAAGAAAGUGCACCAAGUGUUGUCUGAGAGAAGAGGGCAGUUGUUGAGCUUUGUUUUUUUUUAAAUGGGGCCUUAUGAAAAUGUGACUUUCUCAAGCUGAUUUCUGUGCGUCAACAUUAUUUGCUGAAAGAUUAAGCCCAGUCAUUAGCACUCCUGAACGACCUUUGGUGUCUCCUCUGGAACCUGCCGGGUCUGUUUACUCGUCAGCUGAUGUGUUCUCCCUCCUCUGAUGGCGUUUGCUUUACAGGUGUCUGUUUAACGUUAAAGGGAAUGUACACUACACACACCACUGUAUAAAAUGCCUUCUUUGUGGACCCGUUCACCAGCAUCAGCUAAACUAAUCGUCUGUACAGAGUCACUGAAUGUCAGGCAGCGAACGUAUUGCACACAUGCAGCAACACAUCCAAGUAGUGUAACCGUCUCCUUCUUGGUUGUACAUCAAGAUCAUUCACAGAAUAACAAAUAAGUCUUCACCUUUGCUAAUGUGAAACACUGUAAGAGAUGUCAGUAAUGUACACAUAAACUCAAUAGCAUGAGCAACUGUCAGUUCCACUGUACUGCCAUCGUAAAACAAUAAAACACUGAUGCUGUUGAAGCGUUAUCUAA